AUGGUAACACUAUCGAAGGAUAAUAGCAAUGACGCUUUGAAGGUGGGAAGGCUGCUUGAAGCCAUUGAGUUUUACGGCGCUGCAGUCCAUGUUGCGACAACAUUGGAAGAAGCCCAAGUCAUCAAAUUGAAUCGAUCGCUGGCCAAAUGGAGGACUGGGUGCUUUGACAAAGCAACACAUGGAGGACCGGUGACAAUCAAGAUGACAGAAGCUCACGGUCAUGGUCUGUUCGCCACCCGAGACGUUGCUGCCCGUGACCCUCCACUAUGCGAAAAGGCGUUCUGA